AUGGGAGUUACUGGUGCCGGGAAGAGUACAUUUAUCCAUCACGUUACAGGUCAAAAGGUUGGGGUCGGUCAUGGUCUUGCAUCUCAUACGAUAGGUGUGAGAUUUGAUGGCAUCUCGCGCAGCGAUACAGAAGGCUUGAAGGAAAUAGCCGUCUUUCUCUCUCAAAUAUACAAGAAGAACGUCCAACUAAAGGGCAUUCAAGAGUCUGCUCAGGCUGUGGUUGAUCAAACGAUUGAAAUACACGAAGAAAACGGCAAGGCCAAGCUCAAAAUCCUGGAGGCAAAGGCAGAAUUGAAGAAAAAGAUACAGCAGCUCCAAAUAGCACAGGAGGAAAUGAUCCAGGAGUCGAAAGAAACUCUAGCCAAUGAGCUUGCUUCACAACGGAAAGCUUUCGAGGAGCGUCUCGCAGAAGCAAGUGAAGCACAAGAAACGCUCAAGAUUUCGUUCGAAGGUCUUGUAGAGCGAAAGGAGGCAGAAUACAAGAAGCUAUUGGCAGUUGCUAUCACCGAGCAGCAACAAUUGACAGCGGCGCUUAAGGGGAAAGCGGCUGAAUUUGAACGUGCACGUCUUGAGCAACUAGAAGACGAGGAGAGUUUCCAAGAGGCACAAGCAGAAUUUACUUCCGAGGUGCAGAGUCUGAGACAAAAGUUAAAAGACCAAGAAGAUAUGAUGGAGCAGCAAAAGUUGAAGGUAUAG